AUGGAGGCAGCGCUGGGCUGUCGCGUCCGUCCGCGCGACGCGGUCGGGUCUGCGGCGCCACUGGCGGCGCGUCGUUGUCCCUCGGGCCGGUCUGCUCGCGCCGCGUCCAGUCCAGAUUCCCUUGCGCCGCGUCCCCUCCUCCUCCGCGCGGCGCUGCAUCCGCUGCAGCCGCGUCGCCACCAACUCGGCGCGAGCAGAUUGCGCCUGCCGCAGCUCGGCUUGCGCCCGCCCGUGUCCGCCCGCCGCCCCCAUCGCCCGCCGUCCCGCGUCGCCAGGGCGGCGCUCGUGGCGGAGUCGGCGUCCAGCGAAAGCAGAGAUAAUGUGACUGUAACGGGCGAUGCAGAGGCGCAGCUGAGAGCGGCGUCAGCGGCGGAGGGGAGGGCGGAGGAGGGCGGGACGGUGGAGUGGAGCCGCGCGUGGUACGCCGUGGGCGUGACGGCUGACAUGGACGCGACUCGCCCGCACGCCAUCACAGUCGUGGGCCGCCCGCUCGUGCUCUGGCGCGACGCCGCGGGGUCGUGGCGCUGCUUCCUCGACCAGUGCCCCCACCGCCUCGUGGCGCUCUCCGAGCCCACCUGUUCCCAUCACACCUGUUCCCACCGCACCUGUUCCCACCGCACCUGUUCCCACCGCACCUGUUCCCACCCCACCUGUUCCCAUCACACCUGUUCCCAUCACACCUGUUCCCAUCAUACCCCAUCGCACCUGUUCCCAUCGCACCUGUUCCCAUCGCACCUGUUCCCAUCACACCUGUUCCCACCGUACCUGUGCCCACCGCGUCUGUUCCCACCGCACCUGUUCCCACCGCACCUGUUCCCAUCACACCUGUUCCCACCGCACCUGUUCCCACCGCACCUGUUCCCACCGCGCCUGUUCCCAUCACACCUGUUCCCACCGCACCUGUUCCCACCGCACCUGUUCCCACCGCACCUGUUCCCACCGCACCUGUUCCCACCGCACCUGUUCCCACCGCACCUGUUCCCACCGCACCUGUUCCCAUCGCACCUGUUCCCAUCACACCUGUUCCCAUCACACCUGUUCCCAUCAUACCCCAUCGCACCUGUUCCCAUCGCACCUGUUCCCAUCGCACCUGUUCCCACCACAACUGUUCCCAUCACACCUGUUCCCACCGUACCUGUUCCCACCGCGUCUGUUCCCACCGCACCUGUUCCCACCGCACCUGUUCCCAUCACACCUGUUCCCACCGCACCUGUUCCCACCGCACCUGUUCCCACCGCGCCUGUUCCCAUCACACCUGUUCCCGCUGCACCUGUUCCCACCGCACCUGUUCCCACCGCACCUGUUCCCACCGCGCCUGUUCCCAUCACACCUGUUCCCACCGCACCUGUUCCCACCGCACCUGUUCCCACCGCACCUGUUCCCACCGCACCUGUUACCACCGCACCUGUUCCCUCCGCACCUAUUCCCAUCGCACCUGUUCCCACCGCACCUGUUCCCAUCGCACCUGUUCCCAUCACACCUGUUCCCACCGCACCUGUUCCCACCGCACCUUUUCCCACCGCACCUGUUCCCACCACAACUGGGUGCAUGGACUCAUCAGGGCGGCUGGCGUGUUCGUACCACGGGUGGGCGUACUCCGCUACCCGCUGGGUCAAAAUGGAGGGCCGCAUAGACGCGGAGGGGCGGCUGGCGUGUUCGUACCACGGGUGGGCGUUCGCAGGCAGCGGCGCGUGCGAGCUCAUCCCCCAGGCCGCCCCGGAGCACCCCGGCCAGCCCCCCCGCGCCGUGUGCUCCCCGCGCGCAUGUGCCACUGCCUUCCCUGUGAGGGAGUUCCACGUGAGUGCCGCACAUGACACGGGCUACAUUCACAAUGGGAAGCUUAUCAUCCGUGGGUCGCAGGGGAUGCUGUUCGUGUGGCCAAACGAGCACUCGGCACAGCAGGCGGAGGCGACGCCGCUGCCGCUGCCGCACGGGGUGGAGUGGGAGGAGUACGAGGUGCUGCCGCACUACACGCGGCGCCUGGCGUACGGCUACGAGGUUCUGGUGGAGAACGUGGUGGACCUCUCCCACUUCCCCUUCGCCCACCACGGCGUCGGCAUGACCACCCGCGACAAGGGCGGCCCUAUCAGCAACAUCGGCAUGACACAAUCGGGCGUGAAGGGCUUUGAGGGGCCCAUCGACGUGUUUGGCUUCCCCACCUACCUCCGCUUCCAGGCUCCCCAACUGGUCUUCUACCACAGCACCCCCGCCGCCCCCCAAGUUCUCCUUCCUGCAGAGGAAGGCCGGGGCAGCAGCGGCGAACACGAGCUUGGUGCUGCUGCUGUGCAUAACGCCCAGCGCACCGGACAGCAGCAUCGUCGUGCAGGUGAACCUGGUCUGCUUUUGAGUCGACUCACUCAAAAGCCAUCUCCCCCCUCCCUUCUCCCCUUCCCCCCCAGCCCGCCGCCCCCCAAGUUCCCCUUCCUGCAGAGGAAGGCAGGGGCAAACACGAGCUUGGUGCUGCUGCUGUACAUCACGCCCAGCGCGCCGGGCAGCAGCAUCGUCGUGCAGGUGAACCUGGUCAGGCCCGGCGACGGCAAGAAGCUGCCCUCCGUGCCGCGCUGGCUGCGGCACAUCGGCCUGCACCAGAUAUACGACGGCGAUUCCUACUUCCUGCACUGCCAGGAGCGAGUGCUGCAGGAGAGGGAGCAGCAGAUGGAGGAGGCUCGGGCGAGCAAGGGCGAGGCACGGCAGGGGGGAGGUGCGGCGGAGGGUGGGCGAAGUGAAGCGGGGGGCGCAGGGGUUGUGAGGGGGAGCGCGUGGAGGGCGUUUUACAUGCCCACCAACGCUGACCUCCCUGUGGUGGCCUUCCGGCAAUGGCUCUCCAAAUAUGCAGGUGUGUCUCAUAUUCGAGUGGUUGCUCCAUGA